AUGAAGCGACUAUCAGAGGAGGUCCAGAGGAAACAGAGCGAGUACCAAAAAUGCCUCGAGUCUUACAAGCAGAUGAGGGCCAAGUUCGAGGAGAACUACCUCAAAUGUCCUACAAGCCGAGGUGGUCGCAAGCUGGAUGAGACCCGUGACAAAUACGGCAAGGCCUGCAGACGGCUACAUAGAGCUCAUAAUGAGUAUGUGCUUCUGCUGGCUGAGGCUACGGAGUGCGAGAGGGCGCUGCGAACUGCAGCAUUACCGACGCUAUUGGAUCAGCAACGCCGGCAGGGAGAGGCUACUGCCACGUCUUGGAAAGGCGUGCUCCUAGAAGUGGUGCAGAGGUCAGACUUCAGUACAGACAAGUUCAGAGAGAUACAGACCAAAAUAGAGACCACGAUACAGAAUCUGAGGCCACAGGAUGAAUACAAGGAGUUUAUUGAGAAGUACAAAUCACCACCUUCAACGCCGGUCACCUUUAACUUCGAUGAAAGCCUAGUCGAAGACACGAGCGGAAAGCUGCAACCGAACCAGUUGACUGUUGACAAUUUAACGGUAGAAUGGUUGAAGGAGAAGUUGACGGAGCUGGAGAACACGCUACAGGACAACAGGGAGAAGCAGUCAGCUCUGCAGGGUCCUGAGAUCAUUGGGAACGGAGUCUGCAAGAACAACAAUACUGGACUCACUAAUGGAGUUAAUGGUAUUGAUAGGCAUUCACCGCCACCAUUGCCAGUGACGACCUCAGAGCCCAUAAAACUUUUGGAACUCCGUGUAGCAGAACGCAAAUGUGCCAAACAAGCCGAGAUGAUCAGGUCUGCCCUGGCUGAACUGGGCUGUGAAGAGGCACCCAGUGGAUGCCCUGAUCUAUCUGCUGAGACUGUGGGCGUUGAUAGUCUGGACGGCAGCUCUCCUGAUCACCAGACACAAUUCGAUUAUCAGGAUCGCUCCUCAAUCGGGUCAAAGGCGUCAACAGACGUUCUAAGAUUGCACCUCCACUCAAUAAUACCACCGAAGCCCUUCUUCAAAUUAUUCACGCGGCCGUUCCGUCGCAAAUCUGCGCCUUCCAGUCCGGCGCUACCACCCAAGACGUAUAGAAGCAGCAGUGAGGGCCCUGCUGACUCGGUAAUCACGCCACAUCGCAGAAGGAUCAGAGUGCUGAGGCAUCGCUUUCGCAAACGUGUGGAUAUCUAUGUGCAUUGCCGAGUUCACAACAAAACGCUCUUCAAAAAGAGAAAACAGAGCCGCGUUGUACUCGAUAGUUGUUCUAACAGUGUGGUGAGUGUGAGCGAGACAGAGAGAUCUUUGGUGGAACAAGAGUGGUUCCAUGGAGUAUUACCACGAGAAGAGGUUGUGAGGCUUUUGAGGGCAGAUGGAGACUAUUUGGUGCGAGAGACCACGAGGAACCAUGCGAGACAACUGGUGCUGUCCGUGUGUUGGGGACAACACAAACACUUUAUUGUGCAGACGACCCCUGAGGGUCAUUACCGUUUCGAAGGAGCCGCGUUCCCCUCAGUAGCUGAGCUGAUAGCUUGGCAGAGGACCAGUGGAGUACCAGUGACUGCUCGAUCCGGAGCCCUACUUCGACGCGCAGUGCCACGGGAGAACUGGGAGCUAAACAAUGACGAUGUACAACUACUGGACAAGAUUGGACGAGGUAACUUCGGGGACGUGUACAAGGCUCGGCUGAAGAGCACCAAUCAGGAGGUGGCAGUAAAGACAUGCAGGGUGGCGUUACCAGACGAGCAGAAACGGACCUUCUUGCAGGAGGGUCGCAUCCUUAAGCAGUACCAGCAUCCGAACAUAGUACGGUUAAUUGGCAUAGCUGUGCAGAAGCAGCCCAUUAUGAUCGUCAUGGAACUCGUGCCUGGUGGUUCCCUCCUCACAUUCCUGCGUACGCGAGCAUCCUCAUUGAGCUCCCGGUCCCUCCUAGCUAUGUGUCGAGACGCUGCUGGUGGCAUGCGCUACCUGGAGUCCAAGAACUGCAUCCACCGUGACCUUGCAGCCAGGAACUGUCUCGUGGGAGACGACAACAUUGUCAAGAUAUCUGACUUCGGCAUGUCGAGAGAGGAGGAGGAAUAUAUCGUGUCGGGAGGCAUGAAGCAGAUUCCUAUUAAGUGGACUGCUCCGGAGGCACUUAAUUUUGGAAAAUACACAUCGCUAUGUGACGUGUGGAGCUACGGUGUGCUGAUGUGGGAGAUAUUCUCCAAGGGUUACAGAAUGCCAGCGCCCGAAGGCUGUUCCGAAGACGUAUACGCUCUAAUGUUACGCUGCUGGGAGUACGAGGCAGAAAAGCGACCACACUUCCAUCAGAUAUACACGAUCAUAGACAAUAUUUACAAUAGGUAACACUGUUGGUAAAAUGUCAUGUGCUAAAUUUUCUACGCCAUCUUGUUUUUCAACCCUAGGUCUCCUGUCAAAUUCAGUAGAAAUGUUUGACGAAUUAAAACUGCGGAUAUUCUAUCGCUGAUGGUGUCUAUGUGGAAGUAUAGUCCAUCAGCGACACAACGCAUUUAUUUCGACAGUCCACGAGACGGAACGGUUUUAAAUAAGUGCCUAUCUAAAGGGAAAGGACACAUUAUUAUGAAAAAUCUUCGAAUUAAACUGAUAAUAAUUUGAAAAUAAAGUCUUAUGAACGAAAACUUGAAUCUACCUUACCCAGUUUACGACCAGGGUUAGCGACAUUAAAAAAUAUUUUUUGUAAACAUUCAUAAUUAAAAAAUAUCUGUGUAAAAUAAAUAUACUUUACUCAUUUUCCAUUAUACAAUAGGCAACUGAAUUCUGUAUUGUUUGUUUAAGUUUUGUUAUAUAAUUAUGUUAUGUGUUAAAUAAUAAAAUUGUACUUGUAUGUAGUGACUAUAUCUUUUUGUAUUAUAAAUGGAUGUGUUGAGUAUUUAGAAGAGACAAUAGGGGGUCUGUGAUUAUUAAAAAAAAUCUUAGUCAUUGUGCAUAAUUUGUUAAGAGGAUGAUGUUUUGGAUGAUGCUGAGGAGGGUAAA